AUGGAGUGGAAUGUAGCACAGGAACAACAACAACGACGACGAACCGUUCCGCAACAACAACAUGUUGACUCGGUAUGGUUAAAACCACCUGCAGGAAGAUAUAAGUGUAAUGUUGAUGCUUCUUUCUCUGCAAGGCGCAAUAGGACAGGGAUUGGUAUUUGUAUCCGAGACGAUCAAGGGAGUUUUGUCCUUGCAAAAACUGAAUGGUUUUCCCCCAUUCUCGAUGUCGACACCGGAGAAGCGGUAGGUUUGCUCCAUGCUUUGAAGUGGAUCCAAGAGUUGCAAUUGGAGAAUGUAGACUUUGAACUUGACUCUAAGAAUGUUGUUGCAAAGUUUCAUAGCAAAGCAAGAGAUAUUUCUGGGUUAGGAGAUGUCAUUAAAGAUUGUCAAUAUAUUCAUACCUCUCAUUUUAGAAACUCUCGGGUUGAGUUUGUUAGGAGACAAGCCAAUGAGACCGCUCAUAUAUUAGUAAAUGUGGCAUCAUCUCUAGCUAGUUUCCAUAUUUUCAUUGAUGUACCCUCUUAUAUCGAUUUUAUUAUUGCUAAUGAAAUGUCAUGA